AUGUCCCUUUUUAAAACGUUACAAUCUUCACCAGCAACGGUGACGAUUUUCCACAAUACAAAAAUCCCCUUAUCCAAUAAGUUGUAUGAUAUCUUGAACAAGACUUAUGAGAGCUUGCCCAAGAAACCAAAAUACGACUUUCAAAUCGAUUUGAUGAAGAAUAGAAUGCCUACAUUUGAUCAAUAUGAGAUAUUUGUAAGAAAGUUUCUCAAAAGCGAACAAGAUAAAAAGAUAUUACACAAUUGUUUCCCCUUUUUAAAUGAGAAACAAACAAUUUUGAUCAAUGAUCAGGGUAAGCAUUGCAAAAUCAAUGGAAGCGACUGGUCAAAUAAGAUAUUUUCAGAAUUCGAGUACCAGUUGAUUUACGAAACAUUCAAUGCGUUGGAAAAUAAUUUUGAAAAGGACAAAUUAUUGCCUUCUCAACCGCUGGAUAUUUUUAAAGCUCCAUUGGUGGUUGACUGGGACCAGGACAUGUUGGCUGGUGAUGUGCAAACUUUGAAUGAGCUCUUGGCGAAAUACACAAACUAA